CGUCUGCAGAGCGCGGAGCUCCGUACAGUCAACAGGAGGCAGCCGCUCCGAGUACCACCUGGAUAAACAGACAAGUGAACCGCGGCGUUCACCGUCGACUGAAUCCACGUCGUGACUUUAUUCUUGCUUUGCUUUUUAUUGUUGUGGAGUGCGUCCACAGUGGUGCGUGCUUGUACCUGAUGAACCUGGUGCGUAAAAGGAUGAGAGAAGCAGACCUGAGACAGAUUCAAUUACAGAUCUUUUGAUGGGUUCUCCAAAGGUAACUCAGUGAAACUUUUUUUUUUCUAGGCAAAAUGUGGAAUACAAGUGGUUUCCACCUUGGAAGUGACGCGAAGUCGCCUUUACACAUGACUUCACUAUCUGGGUCCAAGGAGAGAUCCGCGGCCGGCCGGGGCAGAAAGUACACGAUACCCGACACUUCCCCCACCAAAUCAGCUUCCUUUUUCUCUGACACAUGGUACCGAAAGGCUUACGAGGAAACCAGCCGGUCCAGCUCUCGUCCCGCGCCUGAGGGCGUUGGCUCCAUGCCUAGCUCAACGGGCACCCCUUCUCCUGGCUCGGGGAUCUCCUCACCGGGGUCCCUCUCUGGAUCGCCAGGGACCAUCUCCCCGGGGAUUUGCACCGGAUCUCCGGGUUCUCUUGGCGGCUCUCCGGGUUUUGGGACGGGCUCCCCGGCCUCGGGCAGUGGAAGUUCCCCUGGGAGUGAACGAGGGAUUUGGUGUGAGAACUGCAACACAAGGCUAACGGAGCUGAAAAGACAAGCGUUAAAACUUCUCAUCCCGGGACCUUAUUCCAGCAAGGAUCCAUCCUUUCCCCUCCUCCUCCAUGAUAAGCUGCAAGUCCCCAACAGUUCCCGGCGGGCAUGGAACGAGCGCGACAGUCGCUGUGACGUGUGCGCCACUCACCUCACGCAGCUCAAACAGGAAGCCGUGCGCCUGGUGCUCACCUUGGACCAGUGGGAUUUGUCUCCUUCCUCAUCCCCACCUCCUUUCUUUGGGCGCUACACAUCCCAGGGAGCUUCCGGAUCCAGAGAAUGGCCCGCCUCGUUUCUCCCCUCCUCUUCCUCAUCAUCCGCAGCUGCCGGUUCACACCUCACUCGUCCCUCAUCACCGUCGCCGAGUCCCAACCAGACCCCGACACCGAGCCCCAGCCACGCAGCGUCCGCUUCUGCUCACGGGAGUCCUUCUGCCGGACAAACGGCCUCCUGCGCACCCUUGAACCAACAAGUGCACAGACUGGGCUCCAAACCCAGCUCACUGGGCCUCGGAGGUGGGAUGGAAAGACGGAACGGGUCGCCAGGUUCUGGAAAAACGGCCGUGGCCCAACAGCAAAUUGUGAGUGCAGUGAACAAUCCAGGGAAUAGCAGCACAAACAGCAGUAACAACACAGCAGGUCAUCAACACAUGAACAGAACUAAUGGAGGAGUUACGCUCUAUCCGUACCAGAUCUCCCAGAUGGUGUCAGAUGCAUCCAGAGAAGGUUUGACCGAGGCUGCCCUGAACCGCUACAACACACACUCACCUUCACACAGCAACUCAACAUCACACACAAACUCACCCUCACACACUGCGGCGACCAACACCACGUCGCAGACCACCAGUUCGUCUGCGGCCUCUUUUUUUGCCAGAGCUGCACAGAAACUGAAUCUAACAUCCAAGAAGAAGAAGUUGAAGGCUGCACCAACAGUGCCGCUGCCCGUGACAUCGGCGUCACCAUCAUGCGACAGCCAAUUAUUCCCCACCAAUUUCAGCUCCGCCCUUCUGGUAGCCCCGCCCCCAGCUCCUCCCUGCCUUCUCCGUGCAGCCAAUAAGAUUAAAGACACUCCUGGUCCCGGAAAGGUGAAAGUGAUGGUGCGUGUGUGUCCAGCGUCUCAGUCGGAUGUGGCCGAGUCCAGUUCUUUUCUCAAAGUGGACCUGAGGAAGAAACAGAUCAUCAUCAUGGACCCGUCAACCAAUCAGACGGCAAGCACCGCUUCCCAGAAAAGAGCAGCGGCCAGCCAGGUCCCUCCCAAGAUCUUUACCUUUGACGCCGCCUUCCCCCCUGAUGCGUCACAGGCGGAAGUGUGCGCGGGAACGGUUGCCGAGGUGAUUCAGUCAGUAGUGAAUGGAGCAGAUGGAUGUGUCUUCUGUUUUGGACACUCCAAGCUGGGCAAAUCUUAUACGAUGAUUGGCCGCCAUGACUCCCUGCAGACGCUAGGUAUUAUCCCUUGUGCCAUCUCUUGGCUCUUUAAACUCAUCAAUGAGAGGAGGGAGAAAACAGGGGCGCGCUUUUCUGUCCGCGUGUCCGCAGUUGAGGUUUGGGGCAAAGAGGAGAACCUGAAGGAUUUACUCUCUGAGGUAGCUACGGGCAGUUUACAGGAUGGACAGUCUCCUGGAGUCUAUCUGUGCGAGGACCCCAUCUGUGGCAUGCAGCUCCAGAACCAGUCCGAAUUGCGUGCUCCGACACCGGAGAAGGCGGCCUGGUUCCUGGACGCGGCCAUUGCGGCCCGCCACAGCAGCCAACGUCCCGACACCACUGAAGAAGACCACAGGAAUUCACACAUGUUGUUUACGUUGCAUAUUUACCAGUACCGAAUGGAGAAGACAGGCAAGGGAGGAAUGUCUGGAGGUCGCAGUCGCCUCCAUCUGCUGGACCUGGGCAGCUGCGACAUCGGUGUCCUCGGAGGCGGGACGGCCGGGAAAGGCAAGGAGAGCUCUUCGCCCAGCUCGGCGCCUCUGUGCCUUUCCCUGUCAGCCCUCGGCAACGUGAUCCUGGCCCUGGUCAACGGGAGCAAACACAUCCCGUACAAGGACAGCAAGCUGACCAUGUUGCUGAGGGAGUCGCUAGGCAACAUAAAUUGCCGCACCACCAUGAUCGCUCACAUCUCGGCCUCGCCGGCGGAUUUUUCGGAAAGCCUUUCCACCAUCCAGAUCGCGUCCCGCGUCCUACGCAUGAAGAAGAAAAAAACUAAGGUCACCGUGCAAUACACUUCCAGCUCGUCUGGAGGAGAGAGCUCCUGUGAAGAAGGUCGCAUGCGUCGGCCCACUCAUUUGAGGCCUUUCCAUCACCGCGGUGACCCCAACUCAACCGUGCCGCUGCUGCGCCUCUCCAGUGACCAGGACGAGCAAUACUCAAGUAGCGAGCAGUCAUGUGACACCGUCAUCUAUGUUGGUCCCAACGGGGCCGCGGUAUCAGAUCGAGAGCUGACAGACAACGAGGGUCCGCCGGAAAUCGUCCCUAUAAUUCCCGCUCUGCUACGAGCAAAAUCAGAAACGCUACAAAGUCAGGCGGUCCAGAAGCAGGUGCAGCCUGAACCCGAAAGCCAGGAUCAACCAGGCGGUACAGCUCAGGCCCAGUGCGCUCAAUCGAUACUCGGACAGCCGUUGGCCACCGUGCCCGAGGAGGGGGCUGAGUGUCUAAAAUGUAACACCUUUGCUGAGCUGCAGGAGAGACUAGACUGCAUUGAUGGCAGUGAGGAGGUGGCAAAGUUUCCCUUUGAGGAGGUUUCGGUCGGCAAGCAAGAAUCCAAAGAGCCGUGUUUCCCCUCUACAGACUCAAUCGCUCCUGCUAAGAAUGCAUCUGCCGCGCCAUUAAACACAGAGGCCAAAACAGGCGGUGCAGUCCAGCUCUCCUCCUCCUCAACAGAAACGUCCAGAAGGAAAACAAAUGAUGAGCAGCUGCAAGAUAUAAAGGAGGUGGUGGAGGAGGCAGAGCUAGCUCGGACCAUGAUCCACAGUCUGACACAGAGUUCCGGGUCCACCCUCGUGUCUGGCAGUAGGACUGUUGCAGGAAGCAACGUCUCGAACCCUCUGCACAGGCCCAAGACCACACACCAACAUGAUAGUCGUGACAGUGUGACCAUGGGAGUUAACAGUGAGGGGAAAGCAAGGCCACUCGGUUCACCGCGCCUUGGGAUUGCCAGUCUGACGAAAACUUCAGAAUACAGGCCUCCGUCCUCCCCGUCUCAGCGGUGUAAAGUGUACACUCAGAAGGGAGUGAUACCAGCAACAUCUCCACUGUCCUCACACACUCAGGAUGAACAAGCAACAGAAGCUUUGACCUCAGACAACAGUCUGGCCGCAGACAGCGGUCGUUCCUCCACUGAGUGUCCACUGUCCAGAACAUCUCCUGUUGGUAUGAGUCCACAAGUCAAAGAUCCGACUCCAUCCCUGUCUACCAGCUUGGGCUCUGCAGAAACCCUCUGUGAUGAUGACGUCCCUCCGAUACCCUUGGAUACACACAGGGAUGGACUAGCUGGACAUCACUUGCUGUGUGAGGAGCUAUCAAUAGAUGACGAGGCACUCGAUGACACAGCUCUCAUGAUGACGCAGCGUCUAACCUGUCGUCCACCGAGCAUUAUCAGCUUCAACAGUGACUGCUGCUCUGUGGACGUCCAGGCCAAUGGAGUGCUCACAAGCCCUGUAGAGGAUGGAGCUGCAGAGAGCUUUCGUGUGAUUGCAACAAGCUCUGAGGUUACAGAGGUUGUCGCCAUGGCAGAGGUGGCAAUGGCCAAGCUCCGCAUGGACGGGGAUACAAUUGUCUCAGUGAUGACCCCUAUCUCCUCCUGGAUGAGUGAUCUAAGUGCGUGCAGUGAGGGUGAUCACUCACUUCACAGCUUCAGCCAGUCUCAAAGUCAUCAAGGGGAAGCCUUGGCUGAAGCCAACCAAAUUUCCUUGGGAUUGGAUGGGUCAGGAGAUAACGGAAGCCGUGGACGUUUUAGAAGAGGGAGUCUAGAAGGAGCGCUGUCAGAAAACAGAGGGGAGAAGGGAAUGCCAACCAAGGACAGAUUGAGAAAAAUGCCUCCAUCUAUGGCUAAAACGACCAUCCAGUCUUUGACAGCACUUGGGAACCUCUCUACCUUCAAGAACCCAACCAGUACUCACCCUUGUGUAGCUAUCAAACAGAUGGCUGUGCAUCAACCAAUAAUCUGCUCCUCACCAACAAAAUUUAACACAGAGCAGUUAGCUUCCAUUUUCAGUGAAAUGAGCUUUGAGGACCCCUGGCUGAUGCGUGGUAUGGAGGAUGGGAGGCCCAAUGAAGAAGUCAGGCCAGUGAAGAGGGAGGCGGAGCAUCCAAAGAGCCAAUCAGGGCAGAAGAUUGAAGCAGCUGGAAAUGGAAACAUUGAGAAAUUCUGCAGGGAUGCCAUUGAAGAUCAUGGUGGCUCUAAUUCAGGCGCAGAGGUGAUAUCAUCUCCAGACUCCUUCAAGAGAGUGGUGGAUGGCUGUGAGAUGGUCACUAGUCUUCCUCAAGGAGAAUGCUUGGUUGAUAACUACAAACCAGAAAUCCAUCGAACUGCCAGUCUCCCUCGUGCCUGGCAUCGGCUGAACCGCCAAGACGGUUUAGAUAACACAACAGAGUACAGGAAUAUUGGUACCACCUCUUCAACUCCCUGCAGUCCACGUGCCACACUCGACCGCCGGGGUUCGACUGGAAAACAAGGAUUUUUCUCCCACAAGAAGGGAGGGAUGCCACCUUUGCCACCUGUACGCAAGUCCAGCCUUGACCUACGCAACAGGGCAGCCAGUCCACUCCACCAGCCCAUCCAUGAGGUCUCCAUACCGAGCAGUUCUACAGAUGAUCCAUGUGGCACCAGGCAGCGUGGGUCCAGUAUCGACAGUAGUAGACUCUUUAGCGCAAAGCUGGAGCAACUUGCGAGCAGAACUAACUCUCUUGGUCGAGCCAACAGUGGAUCGCACCAUUAUGACUGCUUGUCCCUGGAAAGGGCCGAAAGCCUCCGAGGGGGAGGGUCAAAGGGAGAUGGUACCAUACCUCGUACCGGUCGCAGCCUCACUCGUGCCGGAAACGGCGCUGGAGGUAGUCCCGGUACAUGUAGUGCUCCGCAGUCGCCUGCCAAAUCAAGUGGUCAUUCAAAAAUUUCGGCUGUCAGUAAGCUACUAAUGACCAGCAGUCCCAAAGCCCGAAGUCUGUCUGCCUCCAGCACCAAGACUCUCAGCUUUUCUACCAAGUCUCUGAGCCAAGCCUCAAAUAGAAGCUCUAGCCUUCCCCCAAAUGGAAAGCCACAAAGCAGCAUUCAAGUUCCUGUGCAGCAGCAGGGACCCUCUCCUGCAUCGUGGUCUACGCAGUCUCUGAGCCGCAGUCGAGGAGGAAGUUUGGCUGCCAAGCUUCCCCUGCGGGCUGUCAACGGCCGUAUCUCAGAGCUUCUCCAAGGAAGUGGCGGUUCACGUUCCAGGAAUCAUGCCCAGGGAGGAGGUGCUGAUCCAGCAGAGGAAAAAGUCACUGCAGGGGCAGGUGGCGGGGCACUGGUAGCGGGCGGUAUUGCUGGAGGAGGCACAGUGGAGGAAAGAGCACCAGCAGUCCAAAGCCUUCCAUCUCCCUACAGCAAGAUCACUGCUCCGAGAAAACCGCAUCGAUGCAGCAGUGGCCAUGCCAGCGACAACAGCAGCGUACUGAGUGGCGAACUGCCCCCGGCCAUGGGGAAGACGGCCUUGUUCUACCACAGCGGAGGCAGCAGCGGCUACGAGAGCAUGCUAAGAGACAGCAGCGAGAACACAGGAAGUACUUCCUCGGCUCAAGACUCGCUCAGUGAGCACAGCUCAGCCACCACCUCCUCCAGACGCAGCUCCAAGAGCAACAAGAAAAGCAGGAGCAAUACUGGAUACUUAGGAGGUCUCCAGCGUCGCCGUCUGAUUCCGGCACUGACCUUGGACUCCUCCACGUCUCCUCACCGCUCGGCCAAACAGGCUGCCACGUCCUCUUCUUCCUCCUCCUCCAGCCCGGGGGCAUGUUGGGUGGACGGACCACUGGGGCCGCCCGGCUCUGCAAACUUACGAGGUCCGGGAGCCGCCACAACGGAGGCCUUUGAGAUCAAGGUGUACGAGAUCGAUGACGUCGAGCGCCUGCAGAGGAGGAAGGACAAGGUGGAGACCAAGGUUUACGUCAGUGGCAAGCUUCGCCUUCUGGAGCACCGUCAGCAGCGCAUCAGCGAGGUGCGAGACAAAUACCAGUGCUUGAAGAAAGAGCUGGAACAAACCAAACAGCACCUGAUGCUGGAGCCUCAAACAUGGACCACCGAGUUCGAGCUGCAGCAGGUUUACGAGGUGGACUCGCUGGAAUAUUUGGAAGCUCUGGAGACGGUGACGGACAAACUGGAGAAUAGAGUGAACUUCUGCAAAGCUCACCUCAUGAUGAUCACUUGCUUUGACGUGUCAUCCAGACAUCGGUAG